AGGCUCGUUCAUGAAAGUAAGCAGAACAAGGCGAAUGCUCGUGGCGCAACUACCUCUCCCAUGUCCACUGGCCCUGCAACACUCCCCCCUGCGCCAUCUGCUGUCAACGGUGAAGUUGCCAUUGCGCAACCCAGUCCCACCGUCUCGAGCUUGGAAGAACUUGCUGUCACGUUUAUUUCCGAGACAAUAGAAAGCAUCAAACCGACGCCGCUCAAACCCGCGGUGCCCUUGAAUACACGACAGGAGAUGUUUCAGAAGCAGCAGAAGCUUGAACAGUACAUUACACGAAGCAAGGAGCUUAUUGCGGAGCUCAGCCAGGCGCAGAGCAAAGAAGAGAAAGAAAACAUCAUGUGCGCUGUUCGUGAGUGGAGCAGAUUGAUGGAGAUGGAUUCGGUGGGUGUGCCGAGUAAGACACCGGCUGUGACGACUAGAUUUUCUUGGCCUUCGUGCGAGGAAACGGUGCUAGUCAUCAGUGAUGAUGAGGACGAGGAGUGAGGAGAUUGUGCGGGAUUGGUAAGUAUGUUAGUUUUUUCAUUUGUUCAGGCGUUAUCACAGGGGACUUGGAUACAUUGUAUAUUUAAUAACAUCAAGCGAUCUUGAAAUUGUAUUUAAAAUAUCAAAUUGAGGCAAGCUGGGUGUUAUCUGGUCGAGUACCUGGUCUCGAACGAGCUGUGAAUCAGGGUUGAG